AUGAUAGACGACAAGCACGCCAGUCCAUCGGAAGAAAGGCGUUCUAAGGUAGGUGGUUUCCAGACUUUUGUGGUAAAGAUAGUAAUCCCCAGGAUAGAUCCAGGGCCUAGGGGUGCCUUCUUUACUUUUACCAAUACAAGCAUAAGAACAGAAGAUGAUCCUGCCUUAAGAUUCAUUCCAUACAUGCCAGGCACAUCCGGGUUUAUCAGCCUUUCGGAAUUUAAGGAGAUGGAGUUAGUGAAAGGCUUCUGUGACCCUGGUGAAGGAGAUAUAGGGCAGGUACUCCGAAAGGAGCAUGAUCUUGGACAUGGAAAGGACCAUCGAAUGCCUGAGAAGUGUGGGUGGGAUGAUGAGCUUUUAAUGAUGAGGAAGCUAUUUUGUAGUGUGUGCUUUAUUUUUGGAUGCAAGUGGCACUCUAGAACAGAAGGCAUCUGCAUCAAACCUGUAGGAUUUGAGAAGGAUAUGCUGAAUGCACAUAUUGAACCCUGGGGCGUCUGCGGGGAUGUAUGUAAGAAAAUGAAAGGUCUGUGCUCAGAUACCGCAAGAAACGGUCUGGAGCGGGAUGCCUACGAUGCCCUUUGUAGAGCCUGCGAGGAAUCUCAGGGAUAUGAAUGCAUAGCCUCGCUACUUUUCUAUUUCAGAUUCAGGAGAUAUGUGUCGUGUAAGAAAAUAAGAGAGGCCUCCAUGGUUCUAAUGGGACGUCACAGGUAUGUGGUAGGGAAUAAGAAUAGGUCAAAUGUGGAUGUAGCCGCGUUCUUCACUCCCUGCGACCAUCCUGGGAGCUGCACCGAAGGAAAUGGAUGCACAUGUAUUUCUAACAGGACCAACUGUGAAAUGUCAUGCCUCUGUACAGAAUGCAGAAACUUUUUUAUGGGAUGCAGGUGUCCGGCAAAAUGCAACAGUAAGUGUGCAUGUAGGCAGGCAUCCAGAGAAUGCACGCAGGUAUGUUUAUGCAAGCAGUGUGGAAAUAAGGAUCUACAGAUGGGCAAGGCAGCACCAACAUUUGUGGCGCCCAGUAGAGUGGAGGGAUAUGGCUUGUUUGCUAAGGAAAAGAUGUCGAAGGGUAGGUUUGUCAUCGAGUAUGUGGGAGAAAUAAUAAGCAAUGAGGAGGCGGAAAGGAGAGGGACAUUCUAUGAUUUAAGAGGGUGCUCGUAUCUGUUUGACUUAUACAGCAGGGAGGGGAAGGCGCUGUAUGUCAUUGAUUCUAGAUUCAUAGGAAACAGGUCUAGAUUUAUCAACCAUUCCCAGAGGAACUCCAACUUAUAUGCAUUUGUUCUAAUUGUAAACGGGGUCCGGCGGAUUGGGUUUUAUGCAAGCAGAGACAUAUGUGAGGGCGAGGAGUUGCUUUUCGACUAUAAGUACAGUGAAGAGCAUAAGAGAAAGCACAAUAUAGCCGAUUGA